GGAAAGAAUGAUUUCCUUACCCCCAAAGCGGUAGGUGUUCUUCUUGGCACAUUACUUCUUCGGUUCAGGUUACUUUAGCGUGCCCUAGAGCCUCCAUGUGUUGUGAGAUUAUCAUGGCUCAUAUAUGCGCGCGCAGAUUGCAAAUAGAAUCAAGGCAAAGGGCUUGCAGAAGCUUCGCUGGUACUGCCAGCUCUGUCAGAAGCAGUGCCGCGAUGAAAACGGCUUCAAAUGUCAUCAGACCAGCGAGGGGCACAAGCGGCAGAUGGAGCUGUUUGGGAUGAACCCGCAUCGCGUGGUGGAGGGCUACUCGGAGGAGUUUGAAAAGGCCUUCAUGGAGCACCUGCGACGCGCACACCCCUUUUCCCGCGUGUUGGCCAAGAACGUGUAUAACGAGUACAUCACUGACCGCCACCACGUUCAUAUGAACUCGACUCGCUGGCUCACGCUCACGGAGUUCGUCAAGUACCUGGGGAAAAGCGGUCAGUGCAAGGUGGACGAGACGGAGAAGGGCUGGUACAUCACCCUCAUACACAAGGACCCCAAGAUGCAGUUGGAGGAGGAGCGGAGGAACAAGCGGUCGGAGGCUGAGCGGGAGGAGGAGGAGCGGCACAUGGCGGCGUUGCAAGAGCAGAUUGCCCGGGCCAAGCGAGCCCGUUUGGAGAAGGGCGAGCCCCUCUCUGAGGAGGAGGAAGACGAGGAGGCGCACACUUUGCAGCGGGAUGAAAGCGAGGGCCCCAUUAAGAUCAGUCUGGGGCUGGGAACCACCGGCGGCGGCGGCAGCGGCGGUGGUGAUGGUGGCGGCAGCGGCGGUGCGGGUCCUUCCUCGGCGGCGGGAGCGGCGGCAGGGGCGGCGGCACCCGCCAGGCUUGCGCGGAUAGCCCGCGGCGGCGGCGGCAGCGGCGGCACGACGGGGCUAGUGGCGGCGGCGGGUGCUGGAAUCUUUGGGGAUGAUGAUGACGGUGACGUGGGACCUGGCGACCGCGGUGGCGGGUCCUUGCAGAAGCAAAGCAAGUUGGAGGAGCUGAUGCAGGCUGAGCUACGCGCCAAAUCCAAUGCCUCCGCAUCCGCACCCAGGGAUGGCGAUCGCCGACUGGAUUACUGGCUAGCUCCCGGUAUUGUGGUGAAGGUCCUUGCCAAGGGGCUCAAAGAGCACGGGUACUACAAAGAAAAGGGUGUAGUCGAGCGGGUUAUAGACCGUUACGUGGGGGAGGUGUCCAUGUUGGUUGACGGUACGGUUGUACGAGUGGAUCAGGCCCACUUGGAGACGGUUAUUCCGUCCCCUGGGGGUCAGGUGCUGGUGCUGAAUGGGGCGAACAGGGGCCGCAGGGGGACGUUGCUCGCCAUCGACACGGCCAAGUACCAGGCACAGGUUAAGCUGAUUGAUGGACCUUCCAAGGGCAAGGAGAUUUGGAUCGAGUACGAGGAUAUCAGCAAACUGGACUCUGAUGCAGCGGGGGCAGCAGGAACUGGCGGCGGUGCCGGCGGCGGCGGCGGCGGGAGCAGCCGUGAACGGUAGUAGUCGUAGUCGUAGUCGUACUAGGUGUCGUACUAGUCGUAGUACUAAUAGCCGGAGCGGUGUCGAAAAGACCUGGGAAAUGUGGUUGUUGUUAUUUAUGGUGGUGGUGGUGGCGGUCGAGGCUUCUUUUGGCAGUUGAGGUGGCUGUGCGUAUUUUAUAUCUGUUCAUUAUUGGCAUUGGGACCAGGGUUCGACACCCCGUACGGGGCCCGUAAGUUUUUGGCCUUUUUUCGGUAUCCCCGUCAGGGCCCGUAGGAUUUUUCGGUGGCUCCCGUAAGGAUUUUGGGGCGCGAAGGGCCCCGUACGGGGCCGUCCCCGGACCGGCCGAAGGCCGGUUACGGUGGCUCCCGUAAGGAAUUUAAGGAUUUAUAAGAGGCCGUACGGGGCCCUGUAGGGGAGAGGACGGACCAUAUAAAGGAUGGAAAGCCUGCAAGCCAACCUGUUCCCACAAAGAAAGUAGAUGAUAAGCCUUUUUGACGUUAGCAAACUUAAUUUGAAUCCAUACGGAGAGGAUGAUAAUGAGGAGGUUGCGACUGACCCAGAGAUUGAAUUACUGGUACAAGCAACAUACCCCGCUAGUGACGAUGAAGCUUUUAGUGCCAGUGACUACGAGACCGACGUAGAACGAGAUACCGAUGAGUCGUGCGUGGAUGAGGAUUUUGAUGAGGAGGAGGAGGAGGAGGACGAGAAAAUGGAGCAGAAGGGAU